AUGUGGUGUUUUGGUUUCGGUUUAGAUUGUAAAUGGUUCUGCGGAAUCCGCAUCGGCAGUGUGAUCAAGAAUAAAGAUGGAAGACAUAACACUGACGUUCGUGCUUGGGUCCGCGUCUGCCUGCCCUGUCAACGAUCAAAGGUGUACCGCCACACGAUCGCCCCCCAUAGCCAGUUUGCCCUUCCCGACACUCGCUUCGACGUGGUGCAUCUGGACAUAGUGGGCCCCUUGCCUCCGUCAUCCGGUUUCCGGUACAUGCUGACAGCGAUCGACCGGUUCACCCGUUGGCCAGAGGCGGUGCCAAUGCCCGACAUGACGGCCGAAACUGUCGCCGCUACAUUCCUCUCGGCAUGGAUCUCCCGAUUCGGCGUUCCGUCUCAGGUUACUAUGGACCGCGGCAGACAGUUUGAAAGUGCCCUCUUCUCCGCCUUCACCAACUUGCUCGGAACUGCCCGGGUGCGGACGACAUCGUACCAUCCCGCAUCCAACGGCAUUGUCGAGCGCAUGCACCGUCAAUUAAAAGCUGCACUCAUUGCCCACGAAGACCGAACGCACUGGUCGGCCCACCUCCCUAUCGUCCUUCUUGGACUCCGUGCCGCGCUCAAGCCUGACCUUGGUGCCAGCCCGGCAGAGCUCGUCUACGGCAGGGCCCUGCGCCUGCCCGGAGAAUUUUUCGCCUCUUCAAACCAGUGUAGCACAUCAUCACACUUCGUGCGGCACCUUCACGACUUUUUCAGCUCCAUUCGUCCCGUCCGGCCUCGCCCAUCCUCGUCAUACAAGCCCUACGUUCCACAAGACCUCCAGAGCGCCACCCACGUUUUCGUUCGCGCUGACGCUAUACGGAAAUCCCUGACACCGCCUUAUUCCGGUCCUCAUCCUGUACUUGGUCGCGCCGGCAAGACCUACCGUGUAAAUCUCAACGGCACGCACGACACUGUGAGUGUCGACCGUCUGAAGCCGGCCUACGUCGAAGCUUGCCCGCCAGUCGUCGCGGCUCUCCCCGACGUCCCGUUCCCCCUUCAACGUCGUCGGCCUGACACUACCCCUCUGUCCCACCAACCUGCAGCCAAGACCGUUACAUGUCGGCCGCGACAACAGGGCAAAGUGCUCGCCUGCCGGUUUCGGCAGUCGCGGCCGCCGACGUCACGGCCCGCAUUAGCCGGCGUCUCGGCAGUUUUCACAGCAGUCAUCACGGGCCACGACUCGCCCAACGAUUCGCCCUUCAUCUGCCUCGCUCAUCGAGAGCUUCACGCAACGGGUAUUGUGCCGUCCCACGACUUCGUCCAGUAG